AUGGGAGAAUAUCAGUGCGCUCAACAAUAUUUCACAACAUCAAUUCAAAACCCCCAGCUAGCAUACCCAGAUACUUCACCAGACUACAAUUAUAUCGGACUAGUUCACCAUGCGAAAGGUGAAUACGCUAAAGCAUCAGAGAAAUAUGAAAGCACAUUCGAAAUUCAACUCAAGUCAUUCCCAUCCAAUCAUCCAUCAUUAGCACCUACGCGUAAUAAUAUCGGAUCCAUUCACCAUGAGAAAGCUGAAUACCAUAAAGCAUCAGAGAAAUAUGAAGGCACACUAGAAAUUCAACACAAGUCAUUACCAUCCAAUCAUCCAUCAUUAACAACUACGCACAAUAAUAUUGCAUCAGUUCACGAUGACAAAGGUGAAUACUACAAAGCAUUAGAAAAUUAUGAGAGAACACUCGAAAUUCAACUCAAGUCAAUGCCAUCCAAUCAUCCAUCACUAGCAACUACAUAUAAUAAUUAUGGAUCAGCUUUAUAUUCAAAAGGUGAAAACGAUAAAGCAUUAGAGACUUUUGAAACGGCACUUGAAAUUCAACUUAAGUCAUUCCCAUCCAAUCACCCAUCAUUAGCAACUACAUAUAAUAAUAUUGGAUUAGCUUUAAACGCCAAAGGUGAAUACGAUAAAGCAUUAGAGCAUUAUAAAAGGACACUUGAAAUUCAACUCAAGUCAUUGCCAUCCAAUCAUCCACUAUUAGCAACUACAUAUAACAAUAUUGGAUUAGUUCACGCUGAGAAAUGUGGAUACGAUAAAGCAUUAGAGAAUUAUGAAAGGGCACUUGAAAUUCAACUCAAGUCAUUACCAUCCAAUCAUCCAUCAUUAGCAACUACAUAUAAUAAUAUUGCAUUAGUUCCAGUUGAGAAAGGUGAAUACGAUAAAGCAUUAGAGAAUUUCGAAAGGGCACUUGAAAUUCAACUCAAUUCAUCACUAUCCAAUCAUCCAUCAUUAGCAACUACGCGUAAUAAUAUUGGAUUAGUUCUAGAUGAGAAAGGGGAAUACGCUAAAGCAUUAGAAAAUUAUGAAAGGACACUUGAAAUUCAACUUAAGUCAUUGCCAUCCAAUCAUCCAUCCUUAGCAACUACAUAUGAUAAUAUUGCAACAGCUUUAAACGCAAAAGGUGAAUACGAUAAAGCAUUAGAGAAUUUUGAAACGGCACUUGAAAUUCAACUUAAGUCAUUGCCAUCCAAUCAUCCAUCAUUAGCAACUACACAUAAAAAUAUUGCAUCAACUUUAUAUUCAAAAGGUGAAUACGAUAAAGCAUUAGAGAAUUAUGAGGGGACACUUGAAAUUCAACUCAAGUCAUUGCCAUCCAAUCAUCCAUCAUUAGCAACUACAUAUGAUAAUAUUGGAACAGCUUUAAAGGCAAAAGGUGAAUACGAUAAAGCAUUAGAGAAUUACGAAAUAGCGCUUGAAAUUCGACUCAAGUCAUCGUCAUCCAAUCACCCAUCAUUAGCAAUUACAUUUAAUAAUAUUGGAUUAGUUCUCGAUCAGAAAGGUGAAUACGAUAAAGCAUUACGGAAUUACGAAAUGGCACUUGAAAUUCAACUCACGUCAUUGCCAUCCAAUCAUUCAUCAUUAGCAACUACAUAUAAUAAUAUUGGAUCAGCUUUAUAUUCAAAAGGUGAAUACGAUAAAGCAUUUGAGAAUUACGCAACGGCACUUGAAAUUCAACUGUUCUCAUUGCCAUCCAAUCAUCCAUCAUUAGCAAGUACAUAUAAUAAUAUUGGAUUAGUUCACAUUGAGAAAGGCGACUACCAUACAGCAUUAGAGAAUUAUGAAAGGGCACUUGAAAUUGAACUCAAGUCAUUGCCGUCCAAUCAUCCUUCACUAGCAACUACAUAUAAUAAUAUUGGAUUAGUUCACGCUGUGAAACGUGAAUACGAUAAAGCAUUAGAGAAUUAUGAGAGGACACUUGAAAUUCUACUCAAGUCAUUGCCAUCCAAUCAUCCAUCAUUAGCAACUACAUAUGAUAAUAUUGGAACAGCUUUAGACGCAAAAGGUGAAUACGAUAAAGCAUUAGAGAAUUACGAAAUGGCACUUGAAAUUGGAUUCAAGUCACUGCCAUCCAAUCACCCAUCAUUAGCAACUACGUUUAGUAAUAUUGGAUCAGUUCUCGAUGAGAAAGGUGAAUACGAUAAAGCAUUAGAGAAUUUUGAAAGGGCACUUGAAAGUGAACUCAAGUCAUUGCCGACCAAUCAUCGUUCACUAGCAACUACAUAUAAUAAUAUUGGAUCAGCUUUAAAGGCAAAAGGUGAAUACGAUAAAGCAUUAGAGAAUUAUGAAAGGGCACUUGAAAUUCAACUGAAGUCACUGCCAUCCAAUCAUCCAUCAUCAGCAAGUACAUAUAAUAAUAUUGGAUCAGCUUUAAAGGCAAAAGGUGAAUACGAUAAAGCAUUAGAGAAUUAUGAAAGGACACUUGAAAUUCAACUGAAGUCACUGCCAUCCAAUCAUCCAUCAUUAGCAACUACAUAUAAUAAUAUUGGAUCAGCUUUAAAGGCAAAAGGUGAAUACGAUAAAGCAUUAGAGAAUUACGAAAUGGCGCUUGAAAUUCGACUCAAGUCAUCGUCAUCCAAUCACCCAUCAUUAGCAAUUACAUUCAAUAAUAUUGGAUUAGUGCACGUCGAGAAAGGUGAAUACGAUAAAGCAUUAGAGAAUUAUGAAAGGGCACUUGAAAUUGAACUCAAGUCAUUGCCGUCCAAUCAUCCUUCACUAGCAACUACAUAUAAUAAUAUUGGAUCAGCUUUAAAGACAAAAGGUGAAUAUGCUAAAGUAUUAGAGAAUUAUGAAAGGACACUUGAAAUUUAA